CAUUCGCUCCUCUUUUGGGACCCUGAGGUUUUCUGGGUUAGCUGCCUAGAACCCUUCAAACUUAGCUUAAAGGUCUGGUUCACUCCCCCUCUUCUCUCUCACUGACACUCUCUUAGUGCUAGUUAGUUCCCCCAACUUUGAAAUCAAGUUUACCAAGGUUGACAGAGUUCUGUCAUACCUAAACGAUGCCCCUGAGUUGUCAUCCUUACCCGUAAAAGAGAGGGGAACGCCUGGAUCUCCAGGCUGCUUUCCCCCCACCCCCUCCAAUGGAGUGUCCUUGGGUUGGCGUCCUGGGGAGAGGAGGGAGGGAAACAGCAUCUCACUCUGGCCGGUUGGGGCGCCUGACCCAGAUAUUGCCCCCACCAGUCCCGAGGCCGGUCUCCCUCAACCUUUCCAGAGUAAGAUCAAGGCAUGAGAGAGGGAAGGGACAUUUGGAAGGAUGGACCACAUCUUUCACCCUCAUGCUGAACCUAGGAAAGUCUGGACUCCGGGUGUCCUGUCUUGGCCUCGGAACCUGGGUCACAUUUGGCUCUCAGAUCUCAGAUGAGACAGCAGAAGAUCUCCUGACAGUAGCCUAUGAGCACGGUGUAAACCUGUUUGACACCGCUGAAGUGUACGCAGCAGGAAAGGCUGAAAGAACCCUAGGCAACAUCCUCAAGAGCAAAGGUUGGAGGAGAUCAAGCUAUGUUAUCACCACCAAGAUUUUUUGGGGAGGACAGGCAGAAACUGAGCGAGGCUUGAGUCGCAAACACAUCAUUGAAGGCUUGCAAGGAUCCCUGGACCGCCUCCAACUGGAAUACGUUGACAUAGUAUUUGCCAAUCGUUCAGACCCCAGCAGUCCUAUGGAGGAGAUUGUAAGAGCCAUGACCUAUGUCAUCAACCAGGGCCUGGCCCUAUACUGGGGGACAUCCAGGUGGAGUGCUGCAGAAAUCAUGGAGGCCUACUCCAUGGCCAGACAGUUCAAUCUGAUCCCUCCUGUGUGUGAACAAGCGGAGAACCACUUCUUUCAGAGGGAGAAGGUGGAGAUGCAGCUGCCUGAGCUCUACCACAAAAUUGGUGUUGGCUCAGUCACUUGGUCUCCCCUGGCGUGCAGCCUCAUUACUAGCAAGUACGAUGGGCAAGUUCCAGAUGCUUGCAAGGCCACUGUCAAGGGCUACCAGUGGCUCAAAGAAAAAGUGCAAAGUGAAGAUGGCAAGAAGCAACAAGCCAGAGUGACGGACCUUCUCCCCAUCGCUCACCAGCUAGGCUGCACCGUGGCCCAACUUGCUAUAGCCUGGUGUCUCCGAAGCGAAGGUGUCAGCUCAGUUUUACUGGGGGUGUCCAGUGCAGAGCAGCUGAUGGAACAUCUGGGCUCCCUACAGGUGCUGGGUCAGCUGACGCCGCAAACGGUGAUGGAAAUAGAUGCGCUCUUGGGGAACAAAUCGCAUUCCAAGAAAUAGUCCGUUGUGGGCGCGGGAACCCAACGCGGAGUGAUUGCACCCUUUGGAAAACCACUUUCCUGCAUCCUGCAAUCAGCUCUGGAUCCCCACCAACCAAACCCUGCUCCCACGCAGCGCCGCGGCAGAAUCAGGGUAGCCCCGCCCACCAACGAGUCCCGGCUUCGAGUAGCGAUUCGCAUGAACAAAGCCAUAUCCUUUCACCGUGGGGCACCGGGCAGGAGAGGGAAAGUAGAUCUCCCGCCCACCCUCUACGCCCCUGCUGUUUCCUAGGGCUAGGCCUUCUCGCUAAUCCAGGGCAUGAGCCUUCUCUCCGCCAUUUGGUCUCGCACCGCUCUGCUCAUUUCUUCCCCCUGUUGCUGAAACCUAGAAAACAUGGAGCAGCUAAAAGAAACAUUGAAAGCAUCUCAAAAAUGGGCCUUGAAAUGUCAUCAAGGGGGCAAGAACCUACACUGGGAAGGGGGCUUUGUAGUAUUUGUCCAAUAGAAGCCAGGCUGGCCCUGGCAGAAAGUAAAUUAUAGUCUUUGGAAAGGAGACUACUGCCUUCUGCCUUCCUGGAGGUGGAGGACUUAAAUCUAGAAGGAGGGUCACACGAGAGGAUAAAGUUAGGGAAGACAAAUGUUGACAAAGGCAGGAAGAAAUGUAAUGGCUGUCUUGUAGAAAUGGCAAGGUGGCCCUUAGAAAACAGAGUGCUUUGGAGGGUUUACUGACACCCUUUGGGCCACCGGGUUGUAAAGGGUCUGGGGAAAAGCUUGGGCUCGAACUGGAUUUAGUAUGUAGCAGCAGAGGACUUAAGUCGUCUUCCUGACCGUAAACCUAAAGCAAUAAAGAUGGCCUCUCUGCUGUAAGACUUUCCAGGGAACUGUAAAUAAAAUCUCAGCUUGAUCCUCACGACAUCCUCUGAAACUGCAGGGGUGGGGGUGGGGCCUUAGGGGCACCGGCUCACUCAGCACUGCCUCCUCUUUGUUAGAAAGCCCUCAGCCCUGGUUCUCCCUCCGUUCAUGUGAGUGGCUCAGGCACCCCACCCUUGGUUAUGGUUCUCUUGAAGGAUCUUAGGACCAGGUACCCCCGGGCUCAGGUCAUCGUCCUUUCUUUUGAAACUAGUGAUGAACCUUAGUUUCAUUGACCCCUUCUUUUCUUCCUAAUGGAAGAUGCAGCUAACACUCUCCACCAUUUGUGCAUUACAUUCUGAAUUUUCGUUUUGUGUAUGUGUAUGGGCGCACGUGCCGCGGUGCUUUUUGGAGGUCAGAGGACAUCAUUUGGUUCUCUCCUUCCACUAGGUGGGUUCUGGGGAUCAAAACUCAGGCUGUCAUGGUUGGCAGCAAUCACCGUGAUCCCUUUAGCCAUCUUGUUCACCCACCCUCCCCCCCUUUCAUUUUUACGUAUUUUGUCUGUGUGUUUAGUUUACGCACCGCUUGUAUCCUAAUGGUAACAGAGGCCAGAAAGAGGGUGUUGGAUCCCCAAGGACUGGAGUUGCAAACAGUUGCGAACUGUUCUGUGGAUGCUGGGUAUUGAACCCAAGAGCAGCAAUUGAGCAACUUCUCCACCACCGCCCCACCUCACCCUUUCUGUCUUUUAAGGUUUUGUGUGUAUGAGCCUUCUGCCUGCAUGUGCAUCACAGGUAUGCCUGUGCCUACAAGAGAGGAAGUCAGAUCCCCUGGAACCUGGGUUAUAGAUGACUGUGAGUCACUGUGUACAUGCUGGGAAACAAACUUGGGCCCUUCUCAGAAGCAGCCAGUACUCUUAACUGCUCUCACAAGCAAGUACGCAUGCACACAUGUGCACACACUUUAUCUGCCACACUUCUUGUCUCAUAGUUCUCCUUUCCCUGUCUCAUACCUACAGGGACCCAGAAAUGAAGCCAUUUUGUUGUGGCUAGAUAGGAAAGGUCACUGGGGUUGCGGUUCUGUGAUGUGAUAGAGUGGAAUUGUAAGACCUGUUUCUCUGGGGGCUGGGGAUUUAGCUCAGUGGUAGAGCGCUUACGUAGGAAGCGCAAGGCCCUGGGUUCGGUCCCCAGCUCCGAAAAAAAAGAACCAAAAAAAAAAAAAAAAAGAUUCUCUGGAGAGGAUACAGAGAGAGGGGAAGAGCCACAAUUUGUGAGGGAAACCAGUGAAAAGCCAGGUAGGAAGUCGGCAGGGGAGGAGAGCCCAAUGGGCUCUUCAGGUCCUGCCGCUAUUUACACACUCUGUUUCUUGGAGGAAAGGAAGCAAGCAGGUGGGAAGUUACAACCUGCAGUGAUCACAAAGCAAAGGAGAAGUCUGCCGCCCUGAAAUAUGACCUCAGCGGCUCCCUCCUACCCUUCUCAUCCUGCCUUGAUCCUGACAGGAGUGCAGCAUAGAACGAAGUUCCAAGAGAGCCACUGAGCAGCCUGCUGCUCACCGACUGGCUCAGCAACCAUCCGCAGACUAAUGAGUGCUCACAGCCACCCCUCUAAUCUCCCACUCAUUCUUGAAGACCGAGGAGGAUCCAAAGAAGCAAGACAUGACUAAGCUAUGAUUAGUUCUUCUGUGACAAACACACAAGGAUUUAUCAAUUCAAAAUAGUAUUCGCCUUAAAUAGUUCCCUUGGAGAGCAAUGCGCUUCCUCUAAUGCUGCCUCCCCCAGAGCUCAACACAUUUUUAUUUAUUUCUUAUUUGUUUAUCCCUGCUUCUGUUCAAUACCCUUUAAAACCUCCUCUUAGGAUUGCCUCCAGAGGUGGUUUGGACGUACCUUGUAAAGAGAACCUUCCUUUGUUGUCACACC